AUGAACACAGCUGCAGGCUACCCGGCCACUCGCGCAGAUGCCGGCGCGGCUUUCGAAGCAGCACAGCAUGCCGACAACUCUUUCGCAUUCUACAACACUCCUUCCAACUUCUCACAGUCCACUCUCCCGGGCACCUUAUUGCUAGUAGAAGAUGCGACACCUAUGCUGAACUACACGGUUCCCAUCAGCUUGACGCUAUCACGCAUCAUCUACACAACCUCCGACAUUAAUGGGACGGUUCUGCCUACAACAGCCUAUGUCCUUUGGCCAUAUACCGCUCCGGACCCAGUCAAAGGUUUCGACAUAGUAAGUUGGGCGCACGGGACCUCUGGUGUGUUCCGGACAUGCGCUCCGAGCAACUAUCGCAGUUUGCAGUAUCAUUUCAUGGUCCCAUACACCCUCGCCCUGCAAGGUUUUGUUGUUGUAGCUCCUGACUACGCUGGACUGGGAAUCGACACUUUGCCCUCGGGUCAGCAUUUCCGUCAUCAAUGGGUUACGGGUCCUGCACAAGCCAAUGAUGUGGCUAAUGCUAUCGGUGCUGCACGGAAGGCUUUCCCUCAGGUACUACAGCCGAACGGGUCAUUUGUGGUCAUGGGACAUUCGCAAGGUGGAAGGGCAGCAUGGGCUUUUGCAGAACAACAAGCAGCUUUGCCGCUUGAAGGCUACAGAGGAACCGUCGCCUUAGCACCUCCUGUCAAGGUCGUUGAGCAGGUGCAGCGGGCGAUUGCAAACACGUCCGAAGUCUACGCUCCUGGGACGCUAGCUCAGCAGGUCAUGAUCAUCGAUGCUAUCUCGACCGUCUUCCCUAGUUACAAUUACUCGGGCUUGACGGGUACUGCUUACGCUCGAUGGGUUGAGCAAGUUGCUAGAUUGCAAGGAUGUCUGCCGACUAAUGUCCUAGCCUUCCUGGAUCUAGAGCAAGACCAGUUGGUUCACUCAGGCUGGACCAAUAGCCCAAUUGUGCAGGAAUGGGCGAAAAUAUUCGAAGGCCCGCUCUUGGUCAUUGCGGGAGACAUAGAUGCUGCUGUUGACUUUCAGCUCGUAAAGACGGUGGCCGAGGAGACGUGCGCUCAAGGACAGCGGAAAGGCUGGCAUCAGAGCUUGAAGCUGGUGCAGUACUCGGCUGUCAGUCACUUCGCCGUCAUCCAGGCAAGCCAGCAGGAAUGGUUAGGCUGGAUCCAGAAUCGAUUUCGCGACCAAGAUGGAGAAAUUCCUGGAUGUAUUUCGAGACGGGUCGAUGGAUACCGUGCGGUGCCUAGCUCGCUCGGUACGGCGCCGAACUUCUUUCUGAGAUGGUUCGAUCCCGUAGUGGACUUUUGGAAGUACAUACUAUGA